AUGGCCGACGCAGCAAAGCCCAAGAGGCGUCUCCCUUUCAAACCCACUGCCCUGCGCCAAAAGUCAGACCCGAAACCAGCGCCCAAGGACAAUAACGAAGAUGACGACGAUGGCCUCAGCCUGUUCAAACGCUCCGCCGAGUUUUUCCCCGUUGCGGUGGCGGAGCAGGAACGGCGCAUGAAGCGAAAACAGGCAGAGAGAGAGAGGAGCUCGCAAGCGCGGUCGCCAGACGACGAGACGAAGCCGACGCCUAAGGCCAGCGAGGGGCCUGGCAGGAGGCACGACGAGGAGGCUAGGGAGCCCGGCACGCCUCCUUCGAAACGCUCGCGAACUAGCGACGAGUCGCCCGAGUCGAGAAUCAAACCCUCCCAAACCACCCGCCGAGACGGCACCGAGACGCCCUCUAAGCGCAUGACCCGUGCCGCGGCAUCGCGGACGCCGCGGAAGCAGGAGGUCAUACCGACGAAACCCGUCAUCUCGAUCGACGAUAGCGACGACGAUCCCGAUGAGGAGGACGAGGAUCGGCCAGGGGACGACGACGACGACAUCUAUGAGGCCUCGCCGAUACGCAAACCCAGGCGCCGGCGGCAAACUUCGGAGCCCGCGGUCUCGCCCUUGGUCAUUGAUGACGACGACCCAUUUGCCGAAGGAGGACAAGGCCAAGACGCUCCCGCGCCCGAAGAAGAAGAAGAAGACGACGAGUUCAAGGAAUACGUCCAGCGCGCAAUGGAGCGCAAAAAGGCGCUCGAGCAGGAGGCCAACCAGACCGUCAACGUCUUCGUCACGUCCGACAUCCCGGGGACCAGGGAGAAGCAGUUCCGCUUCACGCUCGUCAAGCCCCUCAAGGUCCUCCGCAACGCCUGGAUUGACGUCCAGGAUGGCCGCGUCGACCUCCCGCGCGCCGAGCUCGAGAGCGUCUUCCUCACGUGGCGCGGGCACGAGCUGUACGACUGGACGACGCUGCAUAGCCUCGACCUCGCCGCCACGUUCCGUAAGCACGGAGGCGGCGGCGGGGAUGCGUCCGAGGGGUUCCGCGACGACUGGACCAACGUGCACAUGCAGAUGUGGACACGCGAGCUAUGGGAGGAGCACGAGCGGCAAGAAGCCCGGAGGCGGCGGCAUGACCUCGGGGAGUACUCUGACGACGAGGGGGCAGGGGAUGGCGGGAACGAGGUUGGCACGCCCGCCGCCGAGCAGGAGGCCGAGAAGAAGAUCAAGGUGCUGCUCAAGACCAAGACGGACGAGCCGCUCAAGACGUCGGUGCGGCCGUCGACGACCAUCGGCACCAUCAUGGAGCUGUUCCGCAAGAUGCGCGGGCUGGCGGCCGACGCGCCCAUCUCGCUCAUGUUUGACGGCGACGAGCUCGAGGAGGACAUGACGGUCGAGGACGCUGAUAUCGGCGACAUGGAGACGAUCGAGGUCUACAUACGAUGA